AUGCCCAAAGCGACAAAAGGCAAGAGUUCUGGCCCCCGAAAGGGCCCCUACGAGAAGCCUGCCGCAAAUAGGGUCUUCAAGUUCAACACCAACAUCGGCCAGCAUAUCUUGAAGAACCCUGGUAUCGCAGACACAAUCGUCGCAAAAGCACACCUCAAGCCCACCGACACCGUCCUCGAAAUUGGUCCCGGAACUGGUGUCCUCACCACGAGAAUCUUGGAGCAGGCUAAGGCUGUCAAGGCUGUCGAACUCGAUACCAGAAUGGCUGCUGAAUUGACGAAACGAGUCCAGGGUGGACCUCUGCAGCAGAAACUCGAAAUCAUCAUGGGCGAUUUCGCCAAGCUUGACGUUGUGCAAGCUCUCCCCCCUAUCGAUGUCUGCAUUAGCAACACUCCCUACCAAAUCUCGUCCAUUAUCGUUUCUAAGCUUAUUUCCAUGCCUAAGCCACCUCGCGUUAGCAUUCUUAUGGUUCAGCGAGAAUUCGGACUGCGAUUGUGCGCUCGUGCUGGUGAUUCGCUAUACUCUCGUCUUUCGGUCAACACACAAUUCACCUCCAAGGUCUCCAUGGUCGCCAAGGUCGGAAAGAACAACUUCUCCCCUCCACCCGAGGUCGAGUCCGUUGUCGUGAGGAUAGAGCCUCGAACAGAUGUCCCCGCUGUUGGUCUAGAUGAGCUGGACGGAGUGCUGCGCAUCUGCUUCUCGCGAAAGAACAAAACGCUGCGAGCUAGUUUCCUCGACUCGCAUGAGAUUUGCGAGCGCAACUGGAUCACAUGGACGUCCAUGCACCCAGACAAGGUCAGCGAGAAGGAUCUCGACCUGCUCCGCGACAGCAUGGACACCUCCGACAAGGCAGCCGACUCAAAGCAGACCGUGUGCGGUGUCCCCGUCAGCAAGGCAUCUCUCAAGAACUUGAUCCGAACCAAGAUUGAGCAUGUCCUCGAGUCCACCGACCUUGCCGAGGCCCGAGCCGUCAAGUGUGAUGAGAAUGACUUUUUGAAGCUCAUCUUGGCUUUCCGUGAGAAUAACGUUUACUUCACAUAG